AAUUAGCACGCGUUGCGUUAAUUUCACUAUUAUCGUACGAUUUUUCUUGUUUUGUAUGGAAUGUCGGGAGAAAAUCGACCUACCGAUUCUUCUAGCUCUACUGACGCGGAUGCUCGUAAGAUUUUGCGAAUUAUGGAGCUUUUACAGAAAGAAAAGGAUCGGAGUUCACGUCGUAGUCGUCGACAUAAACAUGGCCGCCGAGAUAGCAGCCGCUCACGAAGCCGUACUAGGCCUCGUCAUAGAUCCCGCCAGCGAUCUCGUUCUCCUCGCUCACUUUCCGCCAAAGAUAGUGAUCCACCACCACCUGUUGAUUGCGAGUUAAUGGAAGAAGAUUAUGAACAGUUGCCUUUACGAAACGAAGAUUCAUGGGAACGUUCUCCAACUCCAAGUCAAGGUCCUUCCGACCCGGAAGUUCCCGUUGUGGACGAACCCCCCUUGCUACCGGAAAUUUUAUCCUUACUGGGGGAAACGAGUACGGAAUCCAAAUUGGGAGAUCCGGUACAUUCUGAUGUUGCUGUCCGCUGGGAAAAAAUCCUUCGGCAAGGGCUAGAAACAGAAGUGAAAAACAAACUAUUAUCAAAAUACGCUCCGAUUUCCAACUGUUCGGCAGCCUCACCUCCCAAAUUAAAUCCGGAGGUAAAAGGAGCAGUUACAGAAGCGGCGUUAAGACGGGAUGAACGUCUUGUUGAAAAACAGAAACAACUUUCUGCCUGCUUGUCAGCCAUGGGAAAAUUAUUAAUGAUUUUCCUUGGAAAAUCAGAACAAACUGAGGAGAGUCGGAAGGUGUUAGAAGUCGCUGGAGAUACUGCAAGAUUGAUAGCGGACUUACAAUUUGCAGAGUCUCAAUCACGGAGGAUUUUAGUGGGCUCGGGAUUAAAUACAAAAUUCAAAGCAACAAUCGACGAUUCGCCUACAGACGAAUGGUUGUUCGGAGGAGACUUAACAGAACGGAUAAGGACUGCGAAGUCGCUGGAACGGUCUUCUUCCGAUCUAAAGAAGACAAUUACAAAAAAGGCUCCAGGAAAUUUUUUAAACUCGCAGCGUCCGUCCACAGCAAAACGUCCUCAAAAAUUCCACCAGAAGUUGGACGGACGAGUCUUGCCACAUCAGAGGAGCAACCACCACCAGACAUUUCGUCACAAGUACCAGCGUCAGUCGGAGAAACCACACACAAGCUCUUGGACGCAAGCAUCUCGUCAGCAAAGACGACAAUAACCUCAAAUAUAUCUGAGGUGAGUAGGCAUGGUGGUAGAUUAUCACGAUUUUAUAUCCAGUGGAGGAAAGUUACCAACGACCCAGUUGUUCUUACGUGGAUCAAAGGUUAUCGCAUUCCAUUCACUAGGACAGUUAAACAAUUAUCACUUCCUCCACCCUCAAACUGGUCUGCAAAAGACCGAGACGAGGUUUUCCAGGUUAUUUCUGACAUGCUUGGAAAUGGGGUUAUUCAAAAAUGUAAGCCCAGUGCUGGGCAAUACAUAUCCCCAAUUUUUCUGGUUGAAAAACCUGGUGGUAAAAAACGAUUUAUUUUGAACCUUAAAAAACUAAAUACUUUCAUAGAUACCGAGCACUUUAAGAUGGAGGAUAGAAAUACGGCCAUUAAGUUACUUAAGCCAUCUUGUUUCAUGGGAUCAAUUGAUUUAAAAGAUGCCUAUUUUUUGGUUUCAAUUCACCCUUCUCAUAGAAAAUAUCUAAGAUUUCAAGUAGAAAACGAAUUGUAUGAGUUCACAUGCUUGCCGAAUGGGCUUUGUACCGCCCCACUUGUAUUCACAAAAAUUAUAAAACCAGUACUAGCAAAUCUGCGAUCAAAAGGGUUCAUGUCGGUUGCUUAUUUAGAUGAUUUCCUCUUAUUCGGUGACACUAAAGUCGAUUGCCAUAAAAAUAUUAUUGCAACAGUAACAUUACUACAAGAGCUAGGGUUUGUAGUUAAUCUACAAAAAAGUGAACUUGAUCCGAAACAAAGGUGUAAGUUUUUAGGAUUCUAUUUUAACUCUAUAAAUAUGUGCAUUGAAUUACCAGAGGACAAGGGCACAAAAAUCAGAACUUGCAUUGGUUCCUUACCACAUACUUGUAAAAUUAGAACAUUUGCACGUUUAUUGGGUCUUAUAACAUCAGCAUGUCCAGCAGUCCCUUAUGGAUGGUUAUAUACGAAAAAUUUAGAACGAGCCAAGUUCUUAGCUCUACGUCAGAAUAAUAAUAAUUAUGACGCGGCCAUGCAGAUUUCUGCAGAUGCGCUUAAAGACUUAUCAUGGUGGAAACACCAUGCUCAUCGAGCUAAACAAACUAUAAAACCCAAGCAAUAUUGUUUAGAAAUUUUCACAGAUGCAUCAAAAACAGGGUGGGGUGCAGUUUGCAACCACCAAAAAACACAUGGGUUUUGGAGUAUCACAGAACAGCUUUGGCAUAUCAAUCAACUUGAAUUAUUGGCUGCUUUUUUGGGACUAAAAUGUUUUGCCAAAAACUUACACCAUUGUUCUAUUCUAUUAAGAAUAGACAAUACUACUGCAAUUGCCUAUAUAAAUCGCAUGGGAGGGGUUCAAUUUAAAACUCUAAAUAGUUUGGCUCGCAAAAUUUGGCAAUGGUGUGAGCGCCGAGACAUAUUCAUAUUUGCAUCAUAUAUUGAGUCAAAGGAAAACGUUGAGGCUGAUACUGAAUCGCGUCGCUUAAAACCAGAAACUGAGUGGCAAUUGUCGAAAAAAGCGUUCACAACAAUAGUGCUUCACUUUGGAGAACCAGAUAUUGAUUUGUUCGCCAACAGAAUUACUACAAAGUGUAAGAAAUAUGUAUCGUGGAUACGAGACCCAGAUGCAAUAGCAGUAGAUGCAUUUACUUUGUCAUGGCAGGGAUUGCGAUUUUAUGCAUUUCCUCCUUUUAUUUUGGUUUUACGGGUAUUACAAAAAGUUAUAGCAGACAAGGCUGAGGGUAUAGUAGUGGUACCACAUUGGCCAACACAAGCCUGGUUUCCAUUGUUUACUUCAUUGUUAGUACAAGAACCAAUUGUUUUUACCCCAGAUCCUAACUUGUUAUUUUCUCAAAACAGACCUCGACACCCACUUUGGAAGCGUCUUUCCCUGGUGGCAGGACUAUUAUCGUACAGGCCUUCACUUGUCAAGGAUUGCCAAGUUCUUCAAUUGAAAUAAUGGUUGCAUCAAUUUCAAAAGCCACAAUGAAGCAAUAUACCUGUGGAUUAAAACGUUGGUGGUUAUACUGCCAAAAGUUAAACCUAGACCUGUACGAUGCAAAUGUUAAUACCAUAUUAAGUUUUCUAACAGAAGAAUUUAAUAAAGGAGCCUCAUACGCAACAUUAAAUACGCUGCGUUCAUCUUUGGCGUUUAUAAUACCAACAAAUCUUGCUCUAGAUACUAAGAUCAAACGUUUUUUCAGAGGAGUCCAAAUGCUAAGACCAAGCGCUCCAAAGUAUGAUUAUACUUGGGACCCAGGCGAAGUUCUAACGUUUUUGGAAAAUUGUGAUAGCGCAAAUAUAUCUUUCACUUUGUUAUCAAAGAAACUAGCAACUCUAUUAGCAUUAGCUACAGCUCAUCGGGUACAAACAUUAUCUUUAAUCGAUAUUCGAAAUAUACAUAAAAUACCCGAUGGGACAGCAAUACAAAUUAAAAUACCAGAUCGAAUAAAAACCUCACGUAAAAAUGGAAUGCAACCUCUUUUGUCUUUGCCCUUUUUAACAGACAGGCCUGAAAUAUGUGUGGCAACCACAUUGGAGAUCUAUCUCACAAGAACCAGUUCACGUAGACCAAAAAAUUGCCAUAAAUUAUUUAUCACCCUAAAACGGCCUCAUACUGAAGUCACUUCUCAGACAUUGAGCAGAUGGAUUAAGCAAACUUUAACCCAGAGUGGCAUUAAUACUGAAAUUUUCUCUGCUCAUUCCACUAGGCAUGCAAGCACUUCGGCAGCUUGCAGAAACGGUCUAAACCUGGAUGAGAUACGACGAACAGCAGGUUGGUCCAAGAAUUCCGAUACGUUUGCAAAAUAUUACAAUAGACCACUGCAUUCACAAAAUUCAUUGUUUCAUGCCUUAUUUUAGGAAAUAAGUGCAUUAUUUUCACUAAUGUUUGUAACAACAUACUGUUCUUUAACA